CGUGAUCUCACGUUUUCAUUAAUUAUUUUCCAUUUUUCUCUAUCAAUUACAGUGGAUGCAAGAAAUCACAAGUGAUCCAACGAGUCACGUGUAAUGUCUCGUGCGGAUUUUGGCACGCGACUAUAAUGCUACAUUUGCCUCACGAGGAUGAGGGUGGCAUGGCUGAUUUUAUGCUGCGUACUACUCGGAAACUACAUCAGCAACAUCGCCAUGGCCACUGCAAACCGGAUAACGCGACACGAUUUUUCCUUAGCAACGAAUUUUCCAGCGUCCGACAAUAAUCUACCAAGUUUUGUAGACUCCAUCGGGAACGUUACAGCAGCCAGCGGCAAAAAGGCAGUUUUAUCCUGCACAAUUAGGAAAUUAGGUCAUUACAAGGUGGGAUGGCUACGCCUCGGGGAUCAGACGAUACUGUCAAUGGGCGAGAAAACGGUGAUUCAAUCGCCGCGCUUCUCCGUAUCCCUGGAGAACGUCAAGACGAAGAAUCAAACUCCAUCCAGGGAGGAGGAAACUACAUGGCGCCUGCAUAUAAUUUCUCUGAAGGAAGCUGACCGUGGCUGCUAUAUGUGUCAACUCAACACCAACCCUAUGUUGAACCAGCUGGGGUGUGUGGACGUUCUAGUACCUCCUGAUAUACUGGCUAACGGAACCUCUGCUGGGGAGGUUUCCGUUGCGGAAGGAGAAAAUGCGACUCUCGCUUGCAAGACGUCCGGAAGACCUGAGCCUCGAGUAGUUUGGCGACAUGAAAAAAGCAAGUCCAUACUGAUGAGAGGACCCCACGACAGACUGAUACCUGCGGAUGUCCCGUCAGGCGAGAGAUUAGAAUUAACCAGGGUGGACAGGAGGCAAAUGGGAGCUUAUCUUUGUAUAGCAAGCAACGAGGUGCCCCCGGCAGUCAGCAAGAGGGUUCAUCUCAGAGUAAACUUUUCCCCAACUGUAAAUGUUCCCGAUCAACUUCUCGGCUCACCACUCGAGACUGAUGUGUUUUUAAUGUGUCACGUGGAAGCGUUUCCUAGGACAAUUAAUUUUUGGAAGAGAAAAGAUCAGGUCAUCAUGAGUGGGGAAAGAUACGAAAUUAUUGAAAGAGCGAAUCCGGAGGAGGAAUGGAAGACGACAAUAGAACUGAGAAUAAAAGGCUUGCAGAAGGAAGAUUUGGGUGAAUUCACGUGUUCAGCCACGUCUAGUAUGGGUUCUUCAGAAGCAACACUUAGAGUAUACGAAAUCGAACGUGCAACCUUGCUCCCAACUAAGGCGACGUUGAUGCAGGGGAAGAAGCAUAAAAAUAAAUUUAAAAAUGGAGACUCUACGACCCUUAAUAGAAUAUUUCACCAGCUUAGUACACCGGCAAUGCAGAAAAGUACUGCGAGAUUGGUAUCCAAUAAGAUUUUAACGACCACUAUGGAUCCUCGAGCAACAUUAACCAAGAACAAGAACGCCCUUAAGCAUAAUGAAGAGCUGAACAUGCAGAGCAGCGCCAUUCCCAUAAACGUGAUCAACCAGAUAAGUGCGAUUUGUGUGCUGCUUUCUUUUACGUUGCGGUAAUUCGAGCGACCAUAAAAUUAGAAAACUGCUAGGUACAAGAGCAACGAUUUUCCAUUUUAUAAUGCGCCUAACGACGAGAACAACCAUAUGCUGAAUUAAAUUAGAAUGAAAAAGUAAAUUCUCCCUAACAAGGACAGCAAUCGGCGUCGGAAACAUUCUUUUAGCCAGGAACCCGAGGGGCUAUUUAUUUCGGAAAGCUUGUUUAAAGUUACUAUGAAAUAACAAAAUCCAAGGUCAUGGUUACCGUUUUCAUAAAAAAAUUUCCGGUUGUUUCUCGGUUCGCAAACAUUUUUCAUGGUCAACGAAAUUAACCAAAAGUCAUACUCUUUAUGGUAACUUUUGUUUUAUUUAAAUUAAUAAAAACUAAACUGCAAAUUAAA